GCGCUUUGCCACUGUGCAGAAUCCCAGCCAGCCAUGACUUUUACGAGCAAACCGUCUGUCCUCCGACUGUCUUGUAAUACAUUUUUAAAGCGAGUUUAACUCGGCGAUUCAACUUUCAGCUUCUGUUUUAUUAAUUUUUUCCUGUCAUCUGUGGAAAUGCUCCGUCCAGACCCAUAAAGAAACAGAGUUUGGUUAAUAUGCACUUAUUGCCAAGCGGAAUAUGUUUUUAUUUAUCUGUAGCAAUCUGCUGGCUCACAGCUGAGAUCGAUGCGUCCUGGUGGUACAUGGGCACCCUGGGCUCCCAGGUGAUGUGCGACAACAUCCCUGGACUGGUGAAUAAGCAGCGCCAGCUGUGCCGCCAGUACCCCAAAGUGAUGCAGGCCAUCGGGGCUGGGAUGAAGGACUGGAUCUCAGAGUGCCAGUACCAGUUCCGCAACCACCGCUGGAACUGCAACACCACAGCCAGGGACCACAAUCUCUUUGGACGUCUGCUGCUACGCAGUAGCCGUGAGGUGGCCUUUGUCUACGCUAUCUCCUCAGCUGGAGUGGUUUACACACUGGCCCAAGCCUGCAGCCAAGGUGAGUUGGAUUCUUGCUCCUGUGAUCCCACCAAGAAGGGCUCAUCACAGGAUGCCAAAGGCUCCUUCAACUGGGGAGGCUGUAGUGACCAUGUGGAGCAUGCCAUACGCUUCAGCCAAGCCUUCGUGGAUGCCAAGGAGAGGAAGGAGAGGGAUGCCCGUGCACUCAUGAACCUGCACAACAACAGAGCUGGCAGGAAGGCUGUGAAGCGCUUCAUGACACUGGAGUGUAAAUGUCAUGGUGUCAGUGGGUCAUGCAGCAUCAGGACCUGCUGGUUGGCCAUGGCUGACUUCCGCCGCACAGGUGACCAUCUACGGAAAAGGUACAACGGUGCCGUGCAGGUUGCAGUGAAUCAGUAUGGCACAGGCUUUACGGCCGCUCACACACACUUCAAACGUCCCAGCAAGAAUGACCUCGUCUACUUGGAGGACUCACCAGACUACUGCAUACGGGACCACGAGUCAGGGUCGACGGGGACAGGUGGGCGGGUCUGCAACCGGACAUCCCGAGGUGUAGAUGGCUGCGAAGUGAUGUGCUGUGGCCGUGGCUACGACACGUCUCGCAUCAGCCGCACAACCAAGUGCGAGUGCAAGUUCCAGUGGUGCUGUGCAGUCCACUGCCGUGACUGCCACCAGCAGGUCGACGUGCACACCUGUAAGGGCCAGACGUGACCUCGCCACCACUAAACUUGACUGACGCCUCAUAUCGGGCAUCCAGAGUCCCCCCCCGUUCCUCCUCAGCUCUACCUGAUGUCUUGUUACGACAAUCUAACUGAUAAUCUCGAGUCUGUCUUUAGUUCUGAGCCCUCUGAAGGUCUGUUAGGUUUUCAGACACUUUUUUCUUUUCCUCACCAAAAAAAUUCACAUCUUUUUCUUCUUUUGGAUGCUACGUGGAAAGAACUUCCAGACUCAGAGACAUUUAAAGCCUGACUGCUGAAUGUCUGUAGCUGUUACUUUGAGAAUGUAUCAGUCAAAUCAUGCUUCAGAUUCCUGCUGAACCAACACAAAAAAUACUAUUGAGACUAACAGGCUAGCAUUUGAUCUGCUGGCUCCAGUUGUGAUGGUUUGGAGAUGAACUGUUGCUUAAACAGGCCCCAAGGACUGACCAAGUAUAUACUGAAAUAUAACUUAAAUUAUGUGUAAUAUCUUUUAUAGUUUUGUUGAAU